AUGACUUCAUCGCGGCCGGCCAUCGUUGUGAUUACUAGCCCGCGUCCGCCAGCACCACCUGCGCCUCCCGCACCUCCUGCCCCGCCUGCUCCACCGGCGCCGCCUGCGCCACCCGUGUUUCCCCCGGGUUUCGUUUCCCACCAGGACCGGCCUCUCUUCGAGCCCCUGGACAAGGAGGGCUUUCCCGCGCCAGAAGACGUCAGCGAAAACCGCGAUGAGACCGACGAGGCGGCCUACGAUGUUGGCGACUUCCCCAUCCCCACCUUUCCCGAAGACCUCGUCCACGAUGAAGGUGGUCCCGAGGCAACGAAGGACGCCGCGCCUGCAAGUCCGCGUUCUCGCAAGAGUACGCACCGUCGCACGGCGCGCACCAUGGGUGAGAAGUGGCAGUGGCUUCUGCGGAUGAAAGACGAGAAUCUGUCAAUUCGUCACACGGCCCGUCUUGCAGGGGUUCAGCCAAUCAGCGUCCGCCGUUGGCUGAGGAUCGCGCAGGAGAUCGAAAAGGCUGCACCGUGCAGGCGUCGGCUGAAGGGUGGCGGUCGGCGGGCGAAAUACCCCGACAUGGAGCAGGCCGUCGAGGUGGGAGAGGACGUCCACUCCUCCCCCUUGGUGGAUGAGUGGGUCAACCCCCUCUACACCACGACUGCUGACGACGAGGAAGCUGCCCGGGAGGCGGACGACGAGGACUGUGGGGACAUGCCCGCGGAGGAGGAGGAGGCGGAGGAGGAGGAGGAGGAGGAGGAGGAGGAGGAGGAGGAGGAGGAGGAGGAGGAGGAGGAGGAGGAGGAGGAGGAGGAGGAGGCCGAGAUGGAGGCGGAGGAGGAGGAGGAGGAGAUCGAGGGGGAGGCAGAGUGGGGAGACGUGGAGGAGGACGAGGUGGAGUAG